GUGGAGCAUCGCUAUAUAACCCGAAGCAGAGCAUCUCUCGUCCACUGCAACAUACAAGUCAUCUCAUACAAUUCACCAUGACGAAACUUGUUAUACUCCUGUCUUUAUUAGCCUCGGUAUCGGGUUUGAUCGUGAAGCGCCAGACAUGUACAGACAAGAUCCAGAACUGUGUGAGCUAUGGGAAAGACGUUUGUUCAACAUACACGCAGUGGGCGCAGGCCAACUGUUGCGGAUUCUGUGCGGGAAGUUCACAAACAAGUCCCUCUUCACAACAAUGUGUGGACAAGCUGCCAAAUUGUGCCGACCUUGGAGGUGACCUGUGUUCUACCUAUGUUGAGUUCGCCCAGAUCAACUGUCAAAAAACUUGUGACCUUUGUCAAACUACCAGCGCUCUGGGCGGGAGCUGUGCUGACAAGCUGAACAAUUGUCCGGCCUACGGGAAGACGGUCUGUGGUGGCCAGUAUUCGGACUGGGCCAAGGAAAACUGUCCACAGUACUGCAAUUUAUGCCCAAAUGGUGCCAUCACAGGAUCAACUCAAGUGUGCGUCUUCAAGGGCAAAACAUACAACGAAGGCGACUCUUGGGCAGAUGGCUGUGACAAAAACUGUACUUGUGUCAGUGCUCAGAUUGGAAAAUACCUCUGCCAGUCUGUGUGCCCCAACUACAAGAAUCUCCCAGCUGGAUGUCAGAUGGUGAAGCAACCAGGAGCCUGUUGUGCUAAACCUGACUGCCCUAGCCUCAGUAAUGUGUGUGUGUACAAGGGUCAGUCCUACCAACAGGGUCAGACUUGGGUCGACGGCUGCGACUACCGCUGCACCUGCACUGAUGGGAAGACCGGACACUACCAGUGCAAAUCCAGGUGUGUGAACUGGAACCUGCUGCCAAGCUGCCACUUGGACAACCCCGCCCCCGGGAAGUGCUGCCCCACCCCCAACUGUCCCGCCAAUGUCAAGAUCAACUAUCCUGCUGGCUAUGUGCCAGAAUAAACUAUCAUAUUUCACCUGAAAUGAUUAAAAUACUGUACUCAA